AUGCGCGCGUCGUCGAAGCCGAAGAUUCCAGGUUCGAUUCCGGGCUCAAAAAAUUUUCAACCGAAGAUUCCAGGUUCGAUUCCGGGCUCAAAAAGCAAACAGGGAUCGAACCUGGAAUCUCCCUGCCGGUCGACGCUUCCUGGAAGGCAGAGCAACAGAAGCCCACCACGAUUCGAGUUUCGCGUCGUCGUCGCCAGUGGUCCCGCGCGCGCGACGCCCGCGAUGCCGCGCGACCACGAGCGCGCGCUCGACGGCGACGGCGACGGCGACGCGGUCGCGUCCUCCUCCUCUACGCCGUGGCCGCCGCUCGAGACGCGCGAGCUCGAGCGGUACCGCGACCGGUUCGACGCCCUUCGCGACGACGCGCGCGCGGACCGACUGCGCGGCGAUCGCGUCGUCUCCGAGCUCCUCGACGCGGGGCUGGAGAGGGCGACGCUGAAAAAGUUAUGGGAUCUCGCGGACGCGGACGAGGACGGGGACAUGACGCUCGACGAGUUCGUCGUCGCGAUGUACCUCGCGGACCGCGCGAAGCGCGGGACGGACCCGCCGGCGUCGCUCGGGGAUCUCCCGUCGGGGACGUUCCCGCCAUCAUUCUCGUCUCUCCACGCGACGACGACGACGACGCGACCCGACGACGACGACGACGACGACGACGACGCGACGGCGACGACGACGGCGCGGGCGCGCGCCACGCCGCCGCCGCGCCAGAUGCUCGACAGAGACGACUUCGCGGACGCGCCGUCGUGGCAUUCGCGCGCGCUCCCGUGGAUCGGGAGGAGGCGCGUCAAAUCCAUCGCGUCGCGCGCCGUCAGAGCGUGGCAUCGACACGCGACGACCGCGACGCAUCACCGCGCGUUCGCGACGUACGCCAUCGACGUCACGCGCGCCGCGCGCGCGAUCCGCGUCCUCCGCGCGUGGCGAUACGUCGCGCGCGUGCGCGCCGUCAACCGCGCGGUCGAAGCGCAGAGGGACUACCACGCGGCGUUGCAGUCGCUCCGCGCGUGGAGAGACGCCGUCGACGACGCGGAGGACGCGCGCGACGCCGCCGCGGCGAUGCGAAUUCGCGCGCAGGACGCGACGGCGCGCGCGCACUUGGACGCGUGGAGGGCGGCGGCGGCGCGCGCGGCGACGUUGGACGCGAUCGACCGCGCGUGUCGCGUGCGGCGGCGACGCGCGCGGCUCGCGACGACGCUCGCGGCGUGGAGCCUCGUCGCCGCGGAGGCGGCCGUCGAGCGCCGCGCCGCGCGCCGCGCGUCCGUCGCGCGUCGCCGCGCGCUGCUGACGCGGACGACGCGCGCGUGGCGCGCGGAGACGACCGCGGAGGCGCGCAGGAGAGCCGCGGGGAGGAGAGUCGCGACGCGCGUCGCGACGGCGGCGACGCGACGCGCGCUCAGCGGAUGGCGACGAGAGACGAGAGAGGCGACGCGCGCGCGGCGCGCCGACGCGACGCGCGCGGCGCACGACGCGCGCGUUCGCGGGCUCGCGCGGAGGACCGCGGGGAGGCGUCUGCGGCGCGCGCACGCGGCGUGGGCGACGUUCGUCUUGAUGCGCGCGAGCGCGUGGCGCGCGACGCUCGCGUCGAUCGCGAGAGUCCGCGCCGCGGGUCUCCUCGCCGCGUGCGUCGUCGCGUGGCGCGCGGAGACCGCGCGCGAGCUCGAGCUGCGCGCGGCGACGGCGGAGACCGCGCGCGGGCCGAUCCGCGCGCGGAGGGCGUACGCGUUCGCCGCGUGGGUCGCCGGCGCGGCGACGUCCCGGCGAGACGUCGCGGAGGCGGAGGCGCUCAAAGCCCGCGGCGAUUCCGCCGCCGCUAAUAACGCGGUGCUCGAUCCCGCGUCGUCGCCCGCGCUCUUCCGCGAGUGGUUCGCGACAGACCAAUUGGAGCGGCGCGACGCGAAGCGCGCGCGAAGGGCGUUCAACCGUUGGACGAGGGCGACCGCGGAGAGCGCGCGGGUGAGGCGCGGCGCGACGCGAGCGACGCGGCGACUGCGCGACUUUUACGCCCGACGCGCGCUCGGCGGGUGGUUCGUCGCGAUGGCGCGCGCGCGCGACGACCCCGCGCGGCGGCGACGCGUGGACGCCGUCCUCGCCGCGGUCGCAGCGGAGCGCGAGGAGAUGCGCGCGGCGACGCGGCGCGCGAACGACGCCGUCGACGCGGCGCGGCGAGAGGUUGACGCCGCGGAGGCGCGCGCGAUGGACGCAGACGCCGACGCCGAAGCGUCCAGAGACGCGAUGCUGCGCGCCGUCUCCGCGAUCGGCGGAGGCGGCGGUAAGGACGACGACGACGACGACGACGGCGGCGUAAACAACAACGCGGAGAGCGUCCGCGCGAUCGUGUGGCGGGACGACGUCGCGAGGGCGACGCGCGAGAGAGACGCCGCGGUCGCGGUCGCGGCGGCGUCGGCGGCGUCGGCGCGCGUCGCCGAGGCGGCGCGUCGAGCCGCGGCGGACGACGCCGCGCGCGCGGCCGCGCGCGCGGCCGCGGCCGAGCUCGCGCGCGCGGAGGAAGCGAGCGCCAGGGAGAGCGCGGAGGGCGACGUCGUUGCGGCCGCGCGGGAGGUGGCGCGCGCGGAGGCGGCGGUGCAGGCGGCGAGAGCGGACGCCGACGCGUUCGCCGCGGGGCGCGACGCCGCGCGCGCGUUCGCCGCGGACGCGAUGGAGCACCUGCGCGUCGUCGCGGGCGUCGAAGCGGAGACGACGACGACGAGGGCGGCGGCGACGCCGGUCUCUUCGCCCGCGGGGGAGUUCGGGUCGACGAUGGCGCCGACGCUCGCGCACGCGCUCGGCGUCGCGCUGGCGUCGUCCCCCGCGACGGCGUCGUCGUUCGACGUACUCGGAGCGGCGUCGGAGGGUCAUCAGCCGGGUCGCCGCCCGCGCGCGGACCCCGCCGCCGCCGCCGCCGCGGACGCCGCGAGGGUCGCCGUCGAGGAGCUCGCCGCGGAGACGAGAGCGGCGGAGGCGGCGCGAUGGCGCGACGCCGUCGCCGCGUCGCGCGCGGAGAUCGAAGAGAAGGAGCGAGAGAUUUCCGCGUUGACGGCGCAUAACCGCGCGCUCGCGGCGUCGCUGAUGGAGCAGACGUCGAGGGUCGAGGCGCUCGAGCUGUGGAGCGCGCGUCUGGACGGGUCGCUGUCGACCGCGACGAAGGCGGCGCGCGGGGAGCGAGAGGAGAUGUACGGGACGCUUCUGAAGCUGCGGCGGUCAAUCACGAAGAGUCGCGAGUGCAGUCCGAUCAGCGGCGGCGCGGGGGGGGAGCGGUCGACGUACUCGACGCCGACGACGGGCGGGCCCGCGUUCUUCGCGCGAUGAACGAGUGACGCCUACAUACUGUAGAAUAGGUUAUCCGUAUUCGUUUUAGCGUACUUAAGUCGCGAUUGGAUUCCAAGCAAGG